GGCUUUACACCCUCCCCUCCCUCCUACAAAGCCCUGGCUACAAAGAUCCUCUUUGGCUCCUGGUCUGCAAAGAUAACCCUCUGAGAGGCAGUGGGAGGAGGGCUGCCAGGGCCACUGAGGGGCCUGGAUCAGGUGGGAGGCGCUGUGUGGGGCAGGGCUCCAGCGCCCCUUGAUCUGGGCUUUUGUGGGGACAGUGCCCGGCGUAACCCAUGGGAACACCUUUAUACUGUGGCUCUUGAUGCGAAGCCCUUCCUGACAGGAACAGGUGGUGACUUCUUGGGCUGGCUUCUGGGCGAGACAAUGGCUGUCCAAGUGCCCCUGCAUACGGCACUGUCCCUGCUGAGUCUGCUCUUCCUGGCUCAAGGUGCCCAUGGUUGUGGCUCCCGGGAAGACUUCUGCUUCUGCGGCCAGCGGAACCAGACACAGAGGAGCAACCUCCGUUAUGAGUGGACGCGAGAGCGGCACAUCGCGAUCAGGAACUCCGAGGAGGCCCUCACCAUCCACGCGCCCUUCCCUGCCUCCCUGGAAGUGUCCUGGCUCUUCCCGGACCCCAGGGGCCUCUACCACUUCUGCCUCAGCUGGAACCGCCAUGCUGGGACGUUUCGUCUUCACUAUGGCAGGCACAACUAUGUGCUGAGCAGCCAGGCCUCUGACCUGCUCUGCUUCCGGCACCAGGAGGAGAGCCAGGCCUCGGGGCCUCCGCUGCUUGCCACCUCUGUCAGGUCCUGGUGGAGCCCAAAGAACACCAGCCUGCCCAGGGCCUCAGGCUUCACCUUCUCCUUCCACGACCCUCCCCACAGGGCUUCCCCCAAUGCCUCGGUGGACAUGUGCGAGCUGAAGAGGGACCUGCAGCGGCUCAGCCAGCUCCUGAGGCUGCCGCAGAAAGCCUCGCGCAGGCAGCCGGCCACCUUUGCCAGCCAGCAGCUGCAGAGCCUGGAGUCGAAGCUGUCUUCGGUGAGGUUCCCGGGGGACACGGUGUCCUUCGAGGAGGACCGGGUCAAUGCCACGGUGUGGAAGCUGCAGCCCGCAGCGGGCCUCCAGGACCUGUAUAUCCACUCCCACAAGGAGGAGGAGCAGAGCGAGGUCCUGGAGUACUCGGUGCUGCUGCCCCGUGUGCUCUUCCAGCAGACCAAAGGCCGGCGCCAGGAGGCUGAGAGGAGACUGCUCCUGGUGGACUUCAGCAGUCAAGCCCUGUUCCAGGACAGGAAUUCCAGCCAAGUCCUGGGCGAGAAGGUCCUGGGCAUCAUUGUGCAGAACACCAAAGUGGCCGAGCUCCCGGAGCCUGUGGUGCUCACCUUCCAGCACCAGCUACAGCCGAAGAACGUGACUCUGCAGUGUGUCUUCUGGGUCGAAGGUGCAACGUUGAGCAGCCCGGGCAGCUGGAGCAGCGCUGGGUGUGAGACCCUCCGGAGAGAGACCCAGACAUCCUGCCUGUGUGACCAUCUAACCUACUUUGCAGUGCUGAUGGUCUCCUCUGUGGAGGUGGACGCCGUGCACAAGCACUACCUCACCCUGCUGUCCUACGUGGGCUGCGUCAUCUCUGCACUGGCCUGCGUCCUCACCAUUGCUGCCUACCUCUGCUCCAGGAGGAAGCCCCGAGACUACACCAUCAAGGUGCACAUGAACUUGCUUCUGGCCGUCUUCCUGCUGGAUGUGAGCUUCCUGCUCAGUGAACCAGUGGCCCUGACGGGGUCCAGGGCAGCCUGCUGUGCCAGCGCCGUCUUCCUGCACUUCUCCCUGCUCUCCUGCCUCUCCUGGAUGGGCCUUGAGGGCUACAACCUCUACCGCCUCGUGGUGGAGGUCUUCGGCACCUACGUCCCCGGCUACGUGCUCAAGCUGAGCGCUGUGGGCUGGGGCUUCCCUGUCUUCCUGGUGACGCUGGUGGCCCUGGUAGAUGUGGACAACUAUGGCCCCAUCAUCCUGGCUGUGCACAGGACUCCAGAGAGCGUCAUCUACCCGUCCAUGUGCUGGAUCCGGGACUCCUUGGUCAGCUAUGUCACCAACCUCGGCCUCUUCAGCCUGGUGUUUCUGUUCAACCUGGCCAUGCUGGGCACCAUGGUGGUGCAGAUCUUGCGGCUGCGCCCGCAUAACCAGAAAUGGCCGCAUGUGCUGACACUGCUGGGCCUCAGCCUGGUCCUUGGUUUGCCCUGGGCCUUGGUCUUCUUCUCCUUCGCCUCUGGCACCUUCCAGCUUGUCAUCCUCUACCUCUUCAGCAUCAUCACUUCCCUCCAAGGCUUCCUCAUCUUUCUGUGGUACUGGUCCAUGCGGCUGCAGGCCCCGGGCGGCCCGUCCCCUCUGAAGAGCAACUUGGACAGCGCCAGGCUCCCCAUCAACUCAGGCAGCACCUCGUCCAGCCGCAUCUAGGCCACCAGCUCAGCUGCCCCAUGUGAGGACGUGGAGCUGUCCACAGCCCCGGGCCUGGUCCUGACCGGAGAAGGCCCUGGACCUCGGAGAGAUGGGCUGCUGCCUUGGUAACGAGACCUGACCUUAGGGACGACUCGGCUCCCAGGUCUGGCCCCCAAAGGGCUCAGGUGUACACCGCCACUCUGGGUGUGUGACUGUCCCCCGCCAUUCCAACCUGGCGCUGAAGCCUUGUCUUUCCCGACCACACCUCCCUUGCUGGUGGUUGGGACCUGCAAGCCUCGGGGUCAGGCCUUUGGGUCUUGGAGGCCUGGCACAUUCUUACCUCUGUGGCCCUGACCAGGACAAAAAUGUGGCUAUAGCUGCCCUGUGCCUGGUGGUCACCGAGUAGGAUCCUGCAGCCCCUGUUGUUCUAACCCGAGGGGGCACCAGGGCAGAUUGAGUGGGGCAGAGCCCCCAGAGUGAGAGGCCCAUGGAGCACAGCAGCACUCCCCUGCCUCUGCGCCCAGCCCGUGUCCACCAGCUCCCAGGCUUUCCUCUCCCUUCCCUCUCCUCCCUCCUUCCCUGUGGUCACCCAGUCCUCCCCCCACACCCGGGUCCCCAGUUUUGGGCAGUGGUUCCCAAGAGCUGCCUGGUGCCUGCUAUAAACCUUCGUCUACUUCUCAGACCUUGGCCAGUCCCUGCUGGUCUCAGCAUGAUGCCUGGGCUGGGCCGGAUCUGUCAAUCUGGGCCUCUUCUCUGAGCUGCCUCACCCCUGCUCUCACCUCAGAGGGGCUUCGGCCUCUCCUCUCCGGAAGCCUGCCUGUGGCCAGAACCAGGGGAUGGAGCAGCCUUGUUUUCAUCCCAACACUUGGAAGGCUGAGGCGUCCUCCUCUGGUGACGCUGGUCUGGACUUGACUUCCCUAAAGGGUCAUCUGAAUCCUUGCAAGUGGCCCCAGAUAUGCUCACUGCCCAUCAUGGUGAAUAUUGCCCAACAAACACACGCUGGACUGUCACCAGGUGAUGCUAGGUAAUAGGGACACAGAUGACCAGAUCUGGCCUCUCCCUUUGCAAACUCUCAGCCUAGUAUGUGAGCUCCAGGCAUGGGUCUGGGCACCACCACUCCUGGCUGAGAAUCCAGGGAGACUCCCUGUGGGAGGUGGCAUUAGAUCUUGACCUCAGCCAUAAAGAUGAGGAGGUUGUUUUUCAGUACUUACUCAUUUGUCUUUUGAUAUGAAAAAGAAGUAAUGUCUGUUGUAGAGAAUUUGGAAACUGUAGAAGAUUGUGAAGAAGAAAAAUAAAAAUCAGCUCUUGUUAUUGUCUGAGAAGCCAGUGCCAA